UCGCGUAUUAAAAGCCGCCAAUUGCCAUGACGACGCUGUCGGAGAGCUCCGAAGGGACGGGACUCUUCGACUGUUUGACGGUGCGCUCUCCACGCUUGCUGCAGCGAGGGGUUCCAAAAGCCCGCACCAGAGGAAGUUUUCGCAUCAGUCAUGUUGGGGUCAGCCGAUUUGAGCAGUUUGUGCGCAGCGACAUAUUUCAUUACUUGGCCAAUAUGCCAUUGCGAUGGAUGCUGCUCAACUACUGCGUCGUCUACAUCUUGACCUGGCUCUUGUUCACUUUUUGGUGGCAACAUGCUGCCAAUGACUGUGAGAGUCGCGAGUUGAACUUUCGCAGGGCCUUCCUGCUGUCCUUGGAGACCAUGACCACCAUCGGCUAUGGAGUCUCCGACCCGAUGUUUGAUGAAUGUCCAGAGGUGGUUCCAUUGCUGGUGGCGCAAUCGCUGAUUGGUCUAUUGAUGGAUGCAAUCUUUCUGAAUCUCAUGUACACGCGGUUUUCCACCGCCUUCACCCGAUCGGCCAGCAUCAUUUUCACGGAUGUGGCUAUUGUUUAUGAGGAAAACGGCUUCGUGAAGAUUGCCUUCCGGGUUUGUGAGGUGGCGCGCAAGCCUCUCAUUGAGCCCAUGGUGCGGCUGUACCUCAUCAAACACGGGCGAGUGGCUGUGGAUGCGGAUAUGGAGGGCUUCUUGGACGUGGACACGCAUCAGAUGGCCCUGGAAGAGCCUGACAUCAACAUUGCGGAUGGGAAACUUUUUCUCACACUGCCUACCAAAGUGGUUCAUUGUUUGGACGAGACCAGCCCCCUGAGUAGUGGCCCCGUACGCAACAUGCAGCAGUUUCACGACCAAAUCCAGGCUAUGGAUUUCUUUGAAGUCAUCGUGGUUCUGAGUGGCACAUGUCCAAUCACAGGCAAUAGCUUGGAGGCGCGCCAGUCCUACACGGCAUCAGAUUUGCGCUACAAUUGUACCUUCGCACCCUGUGUAUCAUUGCACGAUGACAAGCAUCAGGUGAACUUUGAAUAUUUUCAUCGUACCAUGAAGUGCGACCAAACAGGGAAGUCACCCAGCACAAAGUUGCUUUGAUUGUAUAUGAUUAUUGUAUAGUAUAUAGUUUUUCCUCGGGGUCUGGUGCAAAGCAGCUAGGCCUGCUGACAGCAGUGUGAAGGAUUGGAAAA